CAAUUACCUAACGCUUUAAUCCAGAUGGGAAAUUUUGGUGAUCUCUUAGGUACCGAAUGGUUGAAAUUCGAUCUUAAGGUUCAUAACACUUCAAUUAUGCAUCCAAAUUUCUGAAAAUUCUUACUAGGAAACUCCCUACUCGACUUCUCGUUGUCUUGAUUUGUAAUCACAUUCAGAAGCUACUGUGAAUCGAUUUCAGCGACGCGCCAUUGAGCAAUGCAGAGCAUCAAACAGCUCCAUAAGCAAUCCAGCAUCAAUCACCGGCGGGAUGAAGAAGUUUCGACGGUUUCAACAUCGCCGUAUUCGCCAAAAGCUCUCAAGCACCCCAGAUCUCUGCCUAGAUCCAUCAAUUACCUGUUCCGAGAGCAGAGGCUUCUGUUUGUUUUUGUCGGCAUUUUAAUUGGCUCUACGUUUUUCAUUCUCCAGCCCACUCUGUCCCGUAUUGGCCCCUCUGAAGCUGGUUCUGCAAUUCGCAGAUCGUUUUCUACAAGUUUGACGAGCAGAGACGAGGUUUCGGGGUCGGGGAUAUAUGGAUUUGGUAAAACGGGAGGCAGAAUCCCCGUCGGUAUUGGCCGCCGGAGGUGGAGGAUUGUUGUCACCGGUGGAGCUGGAUUUGUGGGAAGUCAUCUUGUGGAUAAGCUAAUUGAACGAGGGGAUGAUGUGAUUGUCAUUGAUAACUUCUUCACUGGUAGAAAGGAGAAUUUGGUGCAUCAUUUGCGAAAUCCACGAUUCGAGCUCAUUCGACAUGAUGUGGUUGAGCCAAUUCUUUUGGAGGUGGAUCAAAUCUAUCACUUGGCUUGUCCAGCUUCUCCUGUUCAUUACAAGUACAAUCCUGUCAAGACUAUUAAGACAAAUGUAAUGGGUACCUUGAAUAUGCUUGGCUUGGCAAAGAGAAUUGGGGCUAGAUUUCUACUUACGAGUACGAGUGAGGUUUAUGGUGAUCCACUUGAGCAUCCUCAGAAGGAAACAUAUUGGGGAAAUGUAAAUCCCAUAGGCGAGAGAAGCUGCUAUGAUGAGGGCAAGAGAACUGCAGAGACCUUAGCUAUGGAUUAUCAUAGAGGUGCUGAAGUUGAGGUUCGAAUUGCUCGUAUUUUUAAUACAUACGGACCCCGUAUGUGUUUAGAUGAUGGGCGUGUUGUUAGCAACUUUGUUGCACAGGCCAUCCGCAAACAGCCAUUGACUGUUUAUGGUGAUGGAAAGCAAACACGGAGCUUUCAAUAUGUCUCUGACUUGGUUAACGGACUGGUCGCGCUAAUGGAAGGUGAACAUGUAGGGCCUUUCAACUUGGGUAAUCCAGGAGAAUUUACCAUGCUUGAGCUGGCUGAGGUUGUCAAAGAAACUAUAGAUCCAAGUGCGACAAUAGAGUUUAGAGCAAAUACUGCUGAUGAUCCUCACAAGAGAAAACCUGACAUUAGCAAAGCAAAGUCAUUGCUCAACUGGGAGCCCAAGGUCGCCCUGAGAGAAGGACUGCCUCUCAUGGUGAGCGACUUCCAGAAGCGCAUUUUGAUUGAAGAUGAAGGGAAAGGUUUCUAAUGAAGAAAAUUGCUAGGAAUUCGACAAAUCUAUGCUGUUGGUGAAAAGGUCGGUCUUCUCGGCCAGAUGCUUUGUUUUCUUAACCGAGCACGCUUCGGCAACCUGAUGUACGGUUUUUAGAAGCAGGCCUAUCUGUUUGUAUGGGCAUUGAAUGUCCUCUCUGGGCAUGUCACUCUCACUUGCCCCAUUACACUUCAUAGAUGUAUCGCUGCAAAUACAUCACAUUCGUAUAUUGUAUUUGUCAACAUGAAUGAUAUGAUGAUGGUGUGGAACUGUUUCUUGAAGUUUUGCUUCACACAGCCAUCUAGUAUGAAUUUCCCUUUCAUUUCUUUGUUUGUUUGGUGAAUGAUUUCAACUUUAUUGCUGGUGAUGCGGUGGUUGAAUCUUAUUGAAAUGAUUGGGAAUUUGUGGA